CUCUCUCAUUUUCUCUCUUUCAUUCUGUCUUUCUUUCUCUGUCUGUCAGAGGGUAUUUGAACAAAAUUGUUUGCAAAAUGUAUCUUUUUCCACAUUAUUCUUCUUCCUACCAAACACCUUUCACAACUUGGGGUGGGAAAACCCUUGCAAAAUGUUGAUUUCCUCAGUCAUACAGUUGACGUGGGUGAAAAUCUAGUCUCCUCCCACCAACUUGCUCUCCUCCCUCUUCUUCAGACUUUCAGAUCGUUCAUAUUCUCUCCCUGUCUCACAGGACUAAGCAGCUCCAGGCCAGUCCCAGCUCCAGGCUAGUUUCACCCCACAAGGCUUCAGUAAAUCCAGCCCAUCUGUAUUUAGACAGCUCCUCUGGCCAGCUGGCCCCUGACAGGACGUGUGCUGUAUUUUACUCCUCGUUGGAAUUUUACUGACCGAGGAUACUAGCAGGACUGUCUUUGACAACUAUCAAGAUGGAGAAAGGAUACGCCCCAGAUGAGGCAGCCCCCCCCUACCCCGGACCCCCAGUCAACUACGGGGGUAUGGCUCCGGGCCCUCACCCAGGAAUGUACCCCCAGCCUGGCUACCCCCCGGCACCCGGCCCACCCCCCCAGCCAGGGUUUCAGCCAGGCCCGUAUCAGGGAGGUGUGUACCCCCCUGCCCCCCAGUACCCAGUUGGAGUAACUACACCAGUCACUACAGUGACCACGGUGAUGGUGACUCCAGCGCUGAGGGACGCUCCCGGCCAGGCAAUGUGUCCCCACUGCAGGGAGAACGUGGUCACCAAGACAGAACACUCCGCUGGCCUGCUGGCCUGGCUCAUCUGUGGAGGCCUCACCAUUACCGGGUGCUGGCUCUGCUGCUGCAUCCCAUUCUGUGUGGACUCCAUGCAGGAUGUGGAACAUCGCUGCCCCAACUGCAACGGCAUGAUCUACGUCUACAAACGCAUGUGAUCGGGUUCAGCUCCCUGGACGGCAUCGGCCCACACAUAAGAACUGUCCACCAAUCCACCAAACCUUUUUUUUUACGUUCCGUAUUCUUCUGUGACAUAAAGUGAUGCCAAAGACAACAGACUUUUUCAAACUCUGAGAAUCUAUUCCCAUACCUUUCAAUUUGUAAGAAGUACAAGUAAUGUCUAGUAUUUUAGUACAUAUUGGAUACAUAUAAAGUAUUCAUGAGUAUGUUUUGUUAUAUGUUACAUAUUUGCACUCACUCUUACAUGCACACACAUCUUCACAUACACACAUGUUGAGAAAUGCAAUGUAUGCAAGAGUACAGUUGUGGUCAAGUUUUGGCAAUGACAAAUGUUGUGUUUUGCAAAGUUUGCUGGUUCAGUAUUUGAGGAAAAGGUUUUCACAUGUUUCUAUAGAAUACUGGAAUCACAAUAAGGCACAUUUCAUAUUUUUUAAAGCUUUUUUGGGGGCAAACAUUUUCAUUAUGCAAAUAGUCCCCUCUUUUAUAGUAGUCAAUCUGCUCUUAAAAUCGAAUCAGAUUGAUAGAGUAAUUUCACCUGGCUAGAACUAGUUCACACUUUCCCCUGUGCUGAUGAUAUGACUUACUGAAAUUAUGUGAGCAGUCAUUUUAUGCCAAGGCCCAGCAAGAUUUGCAAACACAAAAUGUAUGUGGCUCCCAAUACUUUUGGCCACGGCUGUAUAUAGGCAUAAGUGAACCAUGUCAAAUAUACAGUGAAUACACAGUAAAACUCAUAAUAGAUCUUUUAAA